AUGGGUUCAAGAUCCCUUCCCAUCAUUGUUGCAAAGCCUAUGAUACAAGGCACAGCUGAGUAUGAAGCCAACCGUCUGCCACUCUUUGCCGCCAUUUCCUCCAACAUCCCUGAGGAAUGGUAUCUUCCACAGGAGCUCUUCGACAACCCUCCAAAGAAUGUGUCCAACAUACCCAGCACUUGUGGUCUCCUGAGUGCGGAGGAACUUGAGAUCACAGAGAAGCACGAUGCCACUAGUCUCGCCGAGGCUAUUGCUGCACGCCAGUACUCGGCCGUCACGGUCAUCAAGGCGUUUAUCAAGCGCGCUGCCAUUGCACACCAGCUCGUCCGUUGUCUUACCCAAUUCUUCCCCAAGGACGCCUUGGAGCAAGCUACAAAGCUCGACGAGCAUUUGACCACUACUGGGAAGACCGUGGGUCCACUACACGGCGUGCCUGUGAGCAUCAAAGAGCACAUGGCAAUCGCCGGACAGAGUUCUUCCUUUGGAGAACUGAGUACAACCUUCUCCGAUGACAAGGAUUGCCUGAUGGUCGCCAUUCUGCGCAAAGCUGGUGCAGUCUUCUACUGCAAGACGAACCAGCCACAGGCAAUCAUGCACAUGGAUUGCAGCUCGCAUUUUGGACGAACUCUCAAUCCGUACAAUAUCUAUUUGACCUGUGGCGGAUCGUCCGGUGGCGAAGGCGCCCUGAUCGGGAUGAAAGGCUCAGUCCUGGGCGUGGGUAGUGACAUUGGCGGUUCUAUUCGAGCGCCUGCUGCAUAUUGUGGAAUAUACGGCUACAAGCCAACCUCCAACAUGCUUCCCAUGCAGGGUAUGCUGAGGGGAGCUAUGCCUGCCGAGUUGAAUAUUCUAGCAGCCACAGGGCCCAUGGGCCGGAGUCUUCGAGAUAUGAAUCUCAUGACUCGAGUCGUCAUCGAAGCCGACCCAUUCCUCGUGGAUCCCAAGAUAAUCCCCACGGUGUGGAAAGGUCUACAGGACCCCAUCAAGAGACGACUCAAGGUCGGUAUCAUGGAGAAUGAUGGCUUCAUCGAACCUCAACCCCCAGUCAAGCGAGCGCUUGCCUGGGCGCGAAAGCUUCUCUCGGAUCCUAAGAAUAGCGAAAUCAUCGAGGUGAAGGAUUUCCAGCAAUACAAGGCGGAAGACGCGUUCCGAAAGGUUUCCCGAAUGUUUAUUCCCGACGGCGGAGCAGGGAUCAUCGAGGCCAUCGAAUCCAGCGGCGAGCCCGUCCUACCACUGACUCGGGCACUGAUUCCGGACAACGCCAAGAUGAGCAACGCAGUCGAGGUCUCCGACAUGCGCUUCGAGCGAGACACCUUCCGCACGGAAUAUGUCGCGGCUUGGAACGCUCAGGACGUCGACGUCGUGAUCGGACCAUGUUACGUCGGGCCUGCUCCCGCUCACGACACAGCGCGCUAUUGGACAUAUACUUCGUUCUGGAACUUCGUGGACCAUCCUGGUCUUGUUUUCCCAACCCCUAUCAAGGCUGAAUUGGGCGAGAAGUAUGCCGAGGACUACAAGCCGCUGUCGGAAGAAUGCAAACAGGUCAAAGAGCUCUGGGAUGGUGGGGAUUUCGAAGGCGCGCCAGUUAAUCUUCAGAUCAACGCGCGAAAAUACCAUGAUAAUCAGCUAUUUGGUGCGUUGGCGGUGCUGAAAGAUGUAUUGAGUCUGGCAUGA